AUGAAAACUAGAUUUUAUAUUUUUGCUGGAAUAUUGUCAUUAUUACCUUUAGAAAUACCAAUAUGUGAAGGGUUGGAUUGUUACCAAUGUAUAGAAGGUUGGACCAGUGAAUCUUGUACAGACUCUAUCAUAACUUGUUCUGCUGGGGACAUCUGUUCCAAUACUGUGACUAGAAAACAGUUUUAUGGGCGUCUUUAUAACAAGGGUUGUAUGAGACCAAAUCAAUGCUACGACUUGCAGUUAUUAAACAACAGAAAAACUUGUCAAGAAACACCAUCAACGUGUGUUUUUUGCUGUGAGGGACGAUUGUGUAAUAAAGCAGAAACAGUUCAUGGAUUACCAAUGACAAUUAUAAUGUCCAUGGCAGUAGCAACUUUACGCGUGUCUCUAAGCGUGUACUCUCAUUAA